ACCAUCAAUCAAACUGCAACCGGAGGAGCAUCAGGCAUCCGUGUGUCACAUCCUGCGCGCGUAGUGUAAAAGAAACUGUCGCGUAGUUUUGGCCAACUCCAGCUUGGAGGGAAACCAAACAUCGUCCUCAUUUCAUUUCCGCAACCCUUCCAUGCCACCACGGUACAACGGGGUUUGUGUUUGAGAGCCCAAGAGAGCCAACGUACCGGACCAGGACCAAUCUAACAACGGAUUGUAGCCGGUGAGCCGUCUUCGGAUCAGCACCACAUCACACCUCCGAGGCCCUGGGAUUCCGGCGUAACCGUACGCACGGACCCCCCGAGCACAGGUGGAACCAGGUGGAACCGACACUCGAAUAUGGAUAAAUACCUGCCGCUGCUCUUGCUGUGCUACGUUCUAUACCAGAGGCUCGAUGGCGUCGUCAGUGAUCAAGUUGUAUUACUGGACACCACGAAGGAGGCAACGCUGGAGUGGACCCGAUACCCUUAUGGACCGCAGGCACAGACGCCCGGGUGGGUCGAGGAGUCGUUCACCAACUUCGUGAAGGGCAUCAACUGGCGCAGCUACGUGGUGUGCGACGUGGCGUACAACAACGUGAACAACUGGCUGUGGUCGCCGUUCAUCGACCGCGGCCCGGCCAACCGGCUGUACAUCGAGAUCCACUUCACGAUCCGCGACUGCUCGCUGUUCCCGGGCAAUGCGCUGUCGUGCAAGGAGACGUUCAGCCUGCUGUUCUACGAGUUCGAUGCGGCGACGCGCGAGCCGCCACCGUGGCAGCCGGAAAGCUACAAGCUGAUCGGGCGGAUCGCGGCGGGCGAGGGCCGCUUCAACCAGAACUCGGACGUCGACAUCAACGUGGAGGUGAAGAGCAUCGCGGUGACGAAGAAGGGCGUGUACUUCGCGUUCCGCGACCAGGGCGCCUGCAUCAGCGUGCUGGCGGUGAAGGUGUACUACAUCACCUGCCCGGCGGUGACGAUCAACUUCGCGCACUUCAACGAGACGCCGACCGGGCGGGAGGUGACCAUCAUCGAGCAGCAGAUGGGCGUGUGCGUGGAGAACGCGGAGGCGUACGAGACGCCGACCUACCUGUGCAAGGGCGACGGCAAGUGGACGAUCCUGACCGGCGGCUGUCGGUGCAAGGUCGGCUACGAGCCGGACAACGAGAAGCAGACGUGCAACGUGUGCCCGGUCGGGAAGUUCCGCUCGGCGGAGGUGAAGGCCUGCACGAUCUGUCCGCUCAACUCGAAGACGAACAAGGUCGGGUCGCCGUUCUGCCCGUGUCUGAGCGGCCACUAUCGGCAUCCGCGCGACGGCAAGCACAUGCCGUGCUACAAGCCGCCCAGCCUGCCCACCAACCUCACGCUGCUGUUCAUCGACCAGACGAGCGCCAUCCUGUCGUGGAACGCGCCGCAGCGGGCACCCGACGAGCAGCUCGACACCAAGUACCGCAGCGACAUCGUGUUCCGCGUCAAGUGUGCCGCCUGCACGUCCAACGUCGUCUUCAACCCGUCCAGCGAGACGUUCAACGACACCAAGCUGACGCUCACCAACCUCGAGCCGGUGACGACGUACACGGUGCAGAUACACUCGCAGCAUGGCGUAUCCUACCCGAUCAUCAGCACGGAGGGGGCGGCGGGCGGGGCCGGUUCCGGCUACGAUAAUGCUAGCACCGCGCCGGGGCACGGUGGAGGACCGUACGGCGGCUACCACCCGACCGAGCCCUCGCCGCUCAUGAACGUGCGGGCCGGAUCCGACCUGGACGACAUCAAGACCGAGUACGCCGAGAUCACCUUCACCACCGAAUCGGCCAUCCUGAGCACGGUGUUUAACGUGAAAGUGGUGCAAAUAACCAACAAGGAUGUCGACCUGGUGUGGGACAAACCGAUCCACAGCGACUCGCCGAUCGAGUACUACGAGGUCCGGUGGUUCCCGAAGUCCGAGGUGGACGCGAUGAACAAGUCGGUGCUGAGCACCAAGGAGUCGAAGAUGCACAUCGGCGACCUGCUCGAGAACACCGAGUACGGCUUUCAGGUGCGCUGCAAGACGCUCAACGGCUGGGGUACGUUCAGCAACAUCGUCUACGCCCAAACGCACCAGAGCGUCAGUCCCGUGUACGACGACUCAUUCCAGAUGCGAAUCGUUGCCGGUUUGACGGUCACCGUCGUCUUUAUUCUAGUGUUGGUAAUUGUGAUAACCGUAGUGUUCCUGCGCUCGAAGAAUCACGACGACAUCGACAAGAAGACAAACAACCACCUGCCGCUGCCGCUCGAUUACGCCAGCAACGAAGUUCACGCAAUGGACACGACCCCGAUAGUCAAAACGAUGAAAAGCAAUGUGACCACACCGCUGUUCGGCACCAGCAGAAGCUACGUGGACCCGCACACGUACGAGGAUCCGAACCAGGCCAUCCGCGAGUUUGCGCGCGAGAUCGACGCCAGCUACAUCACGAUAGAGGCCAUCAUCGGUGGUGGCGAGUUUGGCGACGUGUGUCGGGGCCGGCUGAAGGUGCCGCCCAACUUCGUGCAGGAGAUCGACGUCGCGAUCAAGACGCUCAAGCCCGGCUCGUCGGAGAAGGCGCGGUGCGACUUCCUCACCGAGGCGUCCAUCAUGGGCCAGUUCGAGCACCCGAACGUGAUCUUCCUGCAGGGCGUGGUGACGCGCUCGAACCCGGUCAUGAUCAUCACCGAGUACAUGGAGAACGGCAGCCUCGAUACGUUCCUGCGGGCGAACGACGGCAAGUUCCAGACGAUACAGCUGAUCGGCAUGCUGCGCGGUAUCGCCGCCGGCAUGACCUACCUGAGCGACAUGAACUACGUGCACCGGGAUCUGGCCGCGCGCAAUGUGCUGGUGAACUCGCUGCUGGUUUGCAAGAUUGCCGACUUCGGCCUGUCCCGCGAGAUCGAGAACGCAAGCGACGCGUACACAACCCGGGGUGGUAAGAUACCGGUACGCUGGACGGCACCGGAGGCGAUAGCGUUCCGUAAGUUCACGUCCGCCUCGGACGUGUGGUCGUACGGCGUGGUCCUGUGGGAGGUGAUGUCGUUCGGCGAGCGUCCGUACUGGAACUGGUCGAACCAGGACGUGAUCAAGAGCAUCGAGAAGGGCUACCGGUUGCCGGCGCCGAUGGACUGCCCGGAGGCCCUGUACCAGCUGAUGCUGGACUGCUGGCAGAAGCAGCGCACGCACAGACCCACCUUCGCCAGCAUCACGCAAACACUCGACAAUCUCGCCCGGCAGCCACAGGUCCUGCUGACGACGCGCAACUCGCCCGACAAUCCGGUCGCCCGCAUGGGCACGGCCGGCGUGGCGGACGACAUCACGCAGGAGAUGAUGGGUGGCGUGGUCGGCGGGGGCGGCGUCAUCGGAUCUAUCAGCGGGAUGGGUGGCAGCAGUUCGCAGCAGCAGCAACAGCAGCAGCAACAACAGCAACAGCAGCAGCAACAGCAGCAACAGCAGCUCCAGCAGCAACAACGCGCCGGAAUGAUGCUGGGUGGCACGAGCGAACGUACGCUCAACAACGGCAGCAACGCGAACGUGCCGGGCUCGAUGAGCACGCUCGGUUCGACGGUCGGUGGGUUCAGCAAUACGGGCACGAUGUCCGGCACGGGCAACCCGGGCAUCUUCAUCAGCACCGACCUCUGGCUGGAGGGCAUCAAGAUGUCCCGGUACUCGCAGCACUUCAAGGAAGCCGGUCUUGUCACAGCACAACAGCUGUCUCGGCUGACGGCUCAGCAGCUUUCCGACAUGGGCAUCACGUUGGUGGGCCACCAGAAAAAGAUCCUCCAUCAGGCCCGCCAGAUCGACACCAUCAUCUAAAUAAAUGGCUGCUCCGGAACCAUGACGCCGCUGUACUGAAGCAUCCAGAGGGCGCGAACGAGCUGCCAUUCAGUUUCAUUUACGUUUGACUGCGCUGCCUGGCUGCUGCGAUCCGCGGAGAACCAGUGGCGGUUUCAGCCCCCCAACGCUACGUCCCCCCACCCCCUCUGGGCGUAGCAUUUUAAUCGUUCGCAUCGGGUUCGUCGGACCACUUCACGAAGCGACACAACCGAACAUUCAUGCGGCACAUGAAUGCGAUACGUUCGUUCACGGUGUUACUUAAGCGUUGCAACUUGCGUUUAUUAUGUUUAUUAAGGCAGGGUACGAUGUCCCGACGAACACGCGUGCGCGGACAGAGACUGAGACUUACUGACUGAAGAAACUGGACGGGGUGCGAAUUGUACUAUAUUUUAUGAGCUGUUGAGCACUAUUAACAUGAUAGAGAGAGAGAGAGAGGGGGGGAAGUGUGAUGGAAGGCGAACCGGAACGAGCAGAAGGAAACAAACAAAAAGAGAGGGUCAUGGUAAAUGAUGCCGGGGGCGCGAGACGAAUGGACAGGAGUGAUAGUGGCAAGAAAGUUAGGGUGAAAAAGUGCGGGCGGCUACAUCAACAAUGUGAUUUUUAUACUCUGUAGUACUAGGUAGCCGGCGUUUUUAUUUCCUAUAAUUAUUCCACUCUUUUCAACAUACUUUUUUAUUUUAAAUUACGUUUUUAAUUUUGUAUGCAAGUCUUUCCCCAAGUCGCUUCGGUUUCGGUUACCCAAACCGGUAGUAGGUUAAAAGCUGUAGAAUAAUGUAAUUCGUCGUUUUUAACUUCCAUAUAUUCCAUAAUCGCCACCAAUCAUUUUUAAGCUGCAAGAACAGAACACACAAGCCACGGGAGGAAACGGGGGCGGUCCGCGGUAGUCAUAUCAUGCUCAUUUUACCUUCCAACCGGGAGAUGCUGCUCCUCGUUUUGGCAGAUUUUACCCUCAAGUAAAUAAAGCCGCGUCGGGUCGUUUCGAUUGAUGCGUGUACGUCGGGAGCUACCAAACGAUCAUGUCCGAGACGGGAAGAAACACAAGCCGGACGAGGGAAGAAAAACAAAAACGCAAGAAAGGAAGAUUAUUGCGAAGGACGCAUUUUAUUUUAUAACAUUCUGUUCUGUUUGUUUUGUCGUCUUUUGUUGUGUAUAGAAGAGUUUUGUUUUAAUAACGUUUGUCGCCGAUGCCGUGCACGGUGAUGCAUCAUUGCAUUUAUAAACAUAUAGACUUACACAAGUACACAUUCACACAUACAUACACGCAUGCAAAUGUACUGCGAGAACCGAUUAGUGAGACGAGUGAUCAGGCGGGUUAUUUUUUUAAACACGUAAACGAAAGCAGAGUUGUAGUUUUAGCAUUUUCUUAAGAAAGUAGUAUAAUUUAAAAAACCCUCCCCUCCUCUUACCAUAACUCCCGUCGUGCGGGGGGAAAAAGCAUAGGGUUUUUUUUGGGUGGGGUUCCCCGCCCCCCGCGUCAUCCUGGCCCCUAGAGGGUAUCGGCGUUUCAUUUCCUAGUUUACCCAGUGACGGUGUGCUCGACGCAGACUCGACGACAUCCGACGCCAUGUCUCCUUGUUUGAAUGUGUGUUAAGUUUCGUUCGAUUACGAUCUGUUCGAUACGUUAUAAUUGAUUUUAGCAGCAGCAUUUAUUAUACUUACAUGGCGCCCAGUGAGGAAUCUCAUCGUCCGGGUUUUAUUCGCAUCACAACACACAUAAACAAGCAAGCAAACGAACUAGCUCCCCGGCGUUUCCCAAAUAGAUGCGUUUUGAGUCGAUUUCUUUUCCUUAAAAUUGCGUACACAUACACAAACACACACAUACAAACAAACACCGUGUCACAAAAUGCACCCACGAACGAGCGAACGAACGAACUGCAAUAGUGUAAAAUAACAAUCAUAAUAGUGGUUUCGUUAAUAACAUCAGAUAAGAUUGAAGAGUAAUAAUAAUAAUAGUUUAAUGAAUAAUUAAUAAUAGUAAUAAAUAAUAAAUAGUAACAAAGGAAAAGACAUGACAACUUUGGAUAAUAUACGACUCAAGUUUAGCGAAUAAAAGCAAAAACAGACAAAAAAAAACACAAAACAACAACAACCACAAAAAGGAUUGCCCUGUGCAUUUUCUGCCGAUUGAUGAUGAUAAGCGUGCGCAAGAUUGAAACCCAGUAGUGUCUGUAAAUACAAUUGAUACUUGAAUGGUAUUUGCAAAAUGUAUUUGAUUUACGUACAUUGAAUAUAUAAGAAGGGAUGAACGAAAGCGAGAGGCAAAAAACGAAUUCGUACAAAGAGUUAAAAGGCGGGCGCGGCGAAAACGGACCGUGUCGUGUAUGGGUUUAUGCAGCUGCUUCCGGCAAAUAAGCGCGAUUCGCGCGACCGAUCCCAUUUGUACGUGUGCACGUUCCCUCAGGAUAUGCCCACGUAGGACCCACACAUACAGGAAAAAAACAUUGGCGUAAAACACCCCCAACACAGUACCGGAAGGAGGAGAUCUGGAACAAAGCCAGGAAGGUGGCAAGGAAUCGAGGGAGGAAAAUUUUGCAAUUAAAGAACAAUAAAUUUUUUCGUCCAUAGUCCGUUUCAUAUCGCAUUAAAAGAAAAAAAAAACUAAAUAAAAUAAAGCAACGGGAGAAGGUGGAAAAUGUAAACGAACACAGCAGCAAAUAUUCUGAGCCCUCGCGUGUGUGAAAGAAAAACAAAACAGAAACAAACGGAAGCAUCACGUUCGGAAAAGCGUACGUCG